AUGCACGCCAUUCAAGUAAAAUCUUUUACAUUUGACGCACUAGAUGAACCUAGAGUUAAAAAGGCUUCCCCUUUAAGAAAGAAUUUUUCUAAAAAGACCUUGAAUAUUCCUCAUUCUGCAAAAUCAUCCAGGCAACAGAAUGAAAAUCAUAAAAAGCAACUAAUUUAUUGCUCGAGUGAGUUUAUGCUAAAUUUGCUUGAAAGAAAGCCAUCAAUCCCUGUAAGUGAAAGACUAUCUAAUCUAAAUUAUCGAUAUGUGAGCUUGCAUGCAAUAACACCUAAAUUUUAUAUCCUUUAUUGAACAAUUAUAUAAAAAUUUAAAAAAUUAGCCCCAUUUUGAUUGAGCGAUUAUUAGUAUUCAUAUUUUUAUAUAAAAAAUUAAAAAAGUGCAUUAAAUUAUCUUAUUUUAUAUAUUUUCCGAACCUUUUAGCCCUCAUCAUAAUGCAACUUCGGUUGAUCAAUCAAUGAUAAGGAGUAAGCAUUUUACGAACUCAAAACCAUUGAAAGCAGAUUUUCUUCUAAAAUCCCCUGUUAAUAUAAGAGAGCAAUUUACAACGUUUAUAAGAGAAAGACCAAGUACAGCAAAACAAAGGCCAGCUACUUUCCAAGCACAGCAGAGACCUAAAACAGCUAAAGUUACAGUCAAGCCGCUAAAUAAUCCAUUCUCUAUAACAAAGGAAAAAGUUGAAGCUAUAACAGUUGCGGAAACUAAAGAAAGAAAGUCAGAUCCAAGUCCAAUUAAAAGAAAUCGGCAUGAAAUAUUGAGAAUUGACAUAAAAGUUCCACAAUUUGAUAAUUUUGAUGAUGAUUCAGAAGGAGAAAUUAUUUCUGAAUAUUUGUCAUCAUUUAAAUAUCCAGAAGCUAACAACUAA